AUGGCCCCUCUCCCCUCCUCACCACCUUUACACGCCAGCUCCGACGCCGCCGUCGUGGCCGCGACCUGCGCCGCCCACGGCCUCUCGCUCUCCGAGUUUGCCGCGCUGCGCUCCGCGGCCGUCGCCGCCAAAACCGUCGCCUACUGCCCAUACAGCCGCUUCCGCGUCGGCGCCGCCUUACUUCCGGCAGACACGGACAACAGCAACAGCAGCAGCGCCGGCGGUGAUGGAGCGCCGGCGGUGAUUAAAGGCUGCAACGUGGAAAAUGCGAGCUACCCAGUCGGCAUGUGCGCGGAGCGCGUGGGGUUUGGCGCGGCGGCGGCGCAGGGCGUGACGAGGUUCAAGGCGUUGGCGGUGGCGACGGACAUUUCGCCGCCGGCGAGCCCGUGCGGCAUGUGCAGACAGGCGAUUCGCGAGUUUUGCAUGAGCGACAUGCCCAUCAUCAUGUUUGACAAGAAUGAAGACUAUGUCGUGCUAACUGUUGAAGAGAUUCUGCCCAUGUCUUUUGGUCCGGACCAGCUACCCCCCGCCGGCGCCCCCGGCACAUGA